CCGUUUUGGCAAAACGUGGAGUGGGGAAAAUCUGCGGAGCUUAAAUUUCUGGGAGGCUGUUUAUCCCUCGAAAUUAUGUUGACACCUAGAAAUAUCCAUUCACCAAGGAUAACUGAAAGUGUGCCAUUAAUCCCAGAAUAUGAUUUUGAGGCGUUUCGCCGACGAGUCAUGGACAAAGACAGUGAAGAACACACCAAUGCUAUCGCAAACCCUCAUCACCUUGCAGCCAAGUUGGAGCACGGUGCAGAAGAGUACGAAUCGUACGACUAUGAAAGUUUACCGGAGACCACCACGCUCACGACCCAUCUGAUGGCCGGUGCUAUUGCUGGGAUCAUGGAGCAUUGUGUUAUGUAUCCAGUGGAUUGUGUCAAAACAAGAAUGCAGACGAUUCGACCGUCUCCAGAUGCAAGCUAUAAGAAUGUUUUUAACGGCCUAACAACAAUAAUUCGCAGAGAAGGACCCUUCGGCAUGGUACGAGGACUUAACGCAGUUGCGUGUGGUGCCGGACCAGCCCAUGCUCUGUACUUUGCUAGUUAUGAAAAGUUAAAGCAGAUGCUGAGUGCCAGACCGGGACAGAACCCUCUAGCGAACGCCUGUGCGGGGAGUAUCGCUACUUUACUACAUGAUGCAGCGAUGAAUCCUGUUGAAGUGAUCAAGCAGCGCAUGCAGAUGUUCAAAAGCCCUUAUAAGAACGUUACCGAAUGUAUCAGGACUAUACUAAGAACUGAGGGCAUGCAUGCUUUCUACCGGAGCUACACCACACAGCUCACCAUGAACAUACCCUUCCAGAGCAUCCACUUUGUCACCUACGAGCUCGGCCAGGAGUUUCUGAACCCGGGCCGGCAGUACCACCCCACCAGUCACAUGUUCUCCGGGGCGGUGUCCGGCGCCGUAGCCGCGGCCGUCACCACGCCGCUGGAUGUUUGCAAGACGCUGCUCAACACACAAGAGAAGAACGUCCUGGCCCUAGGAGCCCAACAGACUGAAAUUAAAGGCAUGGUUAACGCCUUCAGAACGGUGUACCAGAUGAGUGGGGUCAGGGGUUACUUCAAGGGCCUCCAGGCGAGGAUCAUCUUUCAGAUGCCCGCCACUGCUCUAUCCUGGUCAGUCUACGAGUUCUUCAAGUAUUUUAUCACGUUGCGGAAGGCACAGUCGUCGUCAUGAUUUGGGGAGAGAGAGAAAAAGCGCA